UAAAAAAAAUUAUUUUCCAUACAAUCAUCCAAACAAGAUCUGUCAGAGUCACGUGCCUUUCUCACGUGACUCCAAAUCUUUACUUAUUUUGUAUUUCAGUGCUCCACUCUCUCAGCUUCUCUACUCUCUCCCUUUUCUUCUCCAUCACCGAUCACAGGAAAGGGUCCUCAAGUCAGGCACUGAGAAAAAAUGGCAAGCCAGGGAGAAGCUCACCCCUACGUUCCACAUGAUCUAAAAUUGCCUGGUUUUGUUCCCCUAUUCCUCUCACAGUCAGAAAUUGUUGGUGUAUAUGGCAUCUCAUCCGUACUGGUUGUGGUGUUCAUGUGGAUAUUCUCAGGAUUUGUUCCUAAAUUAUCAAAGACUGACAGGGUACUCAUGUGCUGGUGGAUUUUCACGGGCCUAACCCACAUGGUCCUUGAGGGCUAUUUCGUUUUUACUCCAGAUUUCUACCAAAAGACUAGUCCCGUUUACCUUGCUGAAGUCUGGAAAGAAUACAGCAAAGGUGAUUCAAGAUACGUAGGCCGAGAUGCUGCAGUUGUUAGUGUUGAAGGGGUCACAGCUGUCAUAGAGGGGCCAGCGUGCCUUCUUGCAGUGUAUGCUAUAGCUACUAAGAAGGCAUACAGGCACGUACUUCAACUAUCCAUUUGUUUGGGGCAGCUCUAUGGCACGGCUAUAUACUUCAUAACAGCUCUUUUGGAAGGCGAUAAUUUUUCUACAAGCCCCUUCUAUUACUACGCUUACUAUGUCUUUGCAAAUCAUUUCUGGGUUUGGAUACCAAGUCUCAUAGUGAUCCACUGCUGGAAGAAAAUAUGUGCUGCUGUCCGCGUCCACGAGCAGAAGACCAAGACCCGCUGAGGUGAUUCUAAGCAUAGACAUCCAAAAGCCUCAACUGAAUAACAUUGUCACAUUUCUAUUUUUUUUGUAUGGUUGUUGAGUUUAAUUGUCUGCAUUAGAAACAAUACUGGAUUAUUAUCUCUGUUCUUGAAAUCUGCUCAUUCCUGCUGGAAAAAAUGUCAUUCUAUAUCUAUGUUCUCCGUCUAUAUUUCUUAGUUCAGCGUCUUGUAUACUAACACUACCAGGAGAUAUAAAAUGGCAUGAUGACAA